AUGAAUCGCGCGGACCAUAUCGCGGCGAACCCAGACUUCCCGUGGCUCGAAGCAGACGACCUUCCCGGCGUAGCUCAAUUCCUAUCUCAGCGACAAUGGCUUCAAGCCGACGAACAGGUUCUACAGUGCGGCCGGGCCGGAGAAGGAAACAUGAACCUUACGCUGCGCGUAAGGACCGAUCGCCGUACUUUCGUCGUCAAGCAAGCUCGACCGUGGGUCGAGAAAUACGAUCACAUUGAAGCCCCCUGGAAUCGAGCCGACUUCGAACGCCUGUUUUACGAGCGGGUGACAUCUAUUCCCGAGGUGGCCGGUCGAAUGCCAAGGUUGAUUGUCUCGGAUUCCGCGGCACGCACCCUGGUGCUGGAGUACAUCGACGGAGCAGAUGAUUUCACGGUCCUGUACUCUGGGGCCAAACUCGAUCUGCCUGCCCUUGGGGAUUUAGCCAACUACAUUGCUGCCCUCCACGCGGGAACGAGAGAUGAGACUCCAAGUUCGUUUGCGAAUUCGGGAAUGCGGCAGCUGAAUCACGCCCACAUAUUCCAGGUUCCAUUACAGGCGGACAACGGAGUCCCCCUGGAGCAGCUCGAACCCGGCCUAGAAGACACAGCAACCCUCAUACGCAAAGACGAAGCUUACCUUCACGCUGUCGAAACGUUAGGCGCCCAGUAUCUGCAGGAUGGUCGUUGCCUGUUGCACGGAGACUAUUUCCCUGGCAGUUGGCUGUGGUCGCCACGAGGGCUGGUGGUGAUCGAUCCGGAGUUCUGCUUUGUUGGAACCUCCGAAGUCGACUUGGGUUGUGCCAUCGCGCACAUGGCCUUGGCGAAGCAGGAACAGGCUACCGCGAGAACCUUUUUGGACGCAUACCAGACGACUUCCGAUGACAGCAGAUUGGACCUUGGACUUGCGGCUCGCUUUGCUGCAGUGGAAGUCAUGCGGCGGUUAAUCGGGGGCGCGACCCCGAUUGACGUGUGGUUGGAUGUCGAUACCGCCACGGGAGUCGGCGAUGUGGACGACGGCCUCAUGCUGAUUCAGGUGUUCCACUCGCCAGAAUUCAAAGUACGAGGCCUCAGUGUUGUCUUCGGAAAUACAACUCUUGAGCGAGCGGUUCCCAUCGCAAAAGAGAUUGUUUCGAAGUUCGGACCGGAAGAUCUCUCGGUGAAUCCCGGUGCUGCCUCUGAAGAGGAUCUGGGCGAAGAGACCAAAGCAGUUCAAGCGAUGGCAGCGGCCUUGGAAGAGGCGCCGAUGACGCUACUCGCCGUAGGCCCUGUUACUAACGUUGCAUCGUUGUUGAUGCUUCAUCCCGAGUUGCACGAUCGCAUCGACCGCAUCGUCAUGGUUGCCGCCCGACGACCUGGGCAGAAGUUUGUCAGUAGCGACCGACAGAAACUUCCGCAUCGUGACGCCAAUUUUGAACAUGAUGCCAAGGCGAUGCAGGUGAUUCUCGACUCCGAUAUCCCGCUGGUCUUCGCUCCCUGGGAAGUAUCUUCAAAGCUGUGGAUCACGCGCGAAGACCUGAAGAAUCUUUCGGAUUCGGGUGAGUCGGGGGCUUGGAUUGCGAAGACCUCCGCCUAUUGGAUUACAGGCUGGGAGCUGGCCAUAACCGACCGUGGAUUCAACCCCUUCGACACGUUAGCGGCCGGGUGGCUAUCGCACCCAGAGUUGAUCGAAUCGAUGCCGGUUUCCGUUCGGAUCGAGGAGUUGCCUGAUGACCGGGUUGCAGGCUCGAGUUCAGAAGAGGCAGAAACCAAGCCCUACCUUCUCGUCUCGGAAGCUAAUACAAGCGAUCGCGAGAUCAUUUACUGCCACACUCCGCGGCCCGAGUUUAAGGCGGUCUUAAUUGAGCGAUUAACAGGUCUGCCGACGGGAACGGCAAGUGAGUGA